AUGAAACCUCAUCGAGUGCGAAUGACUCACGAUCUCUUGCAAGGCUAUGGGCUACUUGAUUUAGUAGAGUUGAUGCUGCCUCCCCACCCAACAGUGAAGGCUUUGACUCGUUUUCACGCAGAUGAUUAUAUAGCAUUUUUGCGCUCUACAGCUGAUGGUUCUUCUCUAUCUUCUUCUAUUCAUUCAGGAGGGGGGGGCGGGGGCCCCUCUUCUCCAAUUCAAGAAGCCCCUCAUGGCGUCUUCUCGCCUGCUGCUUAUAACAAUGCGGGAUAUGCUGCUAAUAAACAGCAACAAGCCACAGCAGCUCAGCUCCACGGCCUUCCUGUUACUGCAGCAACAGCUUCACAUUCUAACAGCAGAAGCCUCUCCCCAUCCAGUGUAGGCGGCAGCACUGCAGCAAGUGUAGAUCCUACAGACACAGGGGGGGGCCCCCAAGGGGCCCCACCCUUUGUUGAUCAAAUCAGCAGAUUUAAUAUCGGCGAGGAUUGCCCGGUGUUCGAUGGCCUCUGGGAAUAUUGCAAGACGUACACCGGAGGCAGCAUUGAAGGCGCACGCAGAGUUGUGCAGGGAGAAUAUCAAUUCGCAAUUAACUGGGCUGGGGGACUUCACCACGGAAAGAAGCAUGAAGCUAGUGGCUUUUGUUAUGUUAAUGAUUGCGUGUUGGCGGCGUUAGAGUUUCUGAGGUAUAAACACCGGGUGCUGUACGUCGAUGUGGAUAUACACCACGGAGACGGAGUAGAGGAGGCGUUUUAUACCUCCCCUAGAGUGCUGUGCUGUUCUUUUCACAAGUACGGCCACUUCUUUCCAGGCACAGGGGCCCUUGAAGAUAUUGGAAUGGAAGAAGGCCUCGGGUACAGCGUCAACGUGCCUCUACAUGAGGGCAUCGACGACCAGAUGUAUUCUUCUCUCUUCGUUCGAGUGAUGGAUCAAAUUAUGGAUAUUUACCGCCCUGAAGCGGUCGUUCUUCAGUGCGGAGCAGAUUCAGUUGCGGGCGAUCGACUUGGCUGCUUCAAUUUGUCCCUGGAUGGGCAUAGCGAAGCUGUACGUUACUUCUGCAAGGCCGGGGUGCCGGCCAUAUUCCUUGGUGGAGGCGGCUACACGCUGGGAAACGUACCUAGGUGUUGGGCAAAAGAAACCGGCUAUAUUUUGGGAGUUGACCUCGAUCCAAAGAUUCCUGACAGCUGCAUGUACCGAGGAUAUUACGGACCAAACUACGAACUCAAAAUCCGCACAACCAACAUGGAAAAUCGGAACGAAGAGAAGUACAUUGAUUCCAUUGUACAAAAGAUAAGCACGACGUUACGGGAGCACGUCUACCCUAUCGGAGGACAAAUAUCUGCCAAUUUUACGGAUACGGAAAAGGAUACUGGAGUUGUCCUCCAGAGCAGCCUGGAAGAAAGCGAUGACAAAAAUGGUGAUGGAGAGGAAGCUGCGCAGCAUUUUUGCGUGAUUAACAACCGCGAUCGUGCAUAA